CGACACGCUCUCCGACCCAACGGCCCCAAUCUUGCUUUCCAUCUCCCCUUCAUAUUAGCUACCUAGCUACCUAUCUACCACCCCGCCAACCCCCAAUCCUCUUGCUCGUUCUGCCUCAACCCCCAACCCUUUUUUGUUUUUCUCAAUGUUUCCCUUCCCCUUCAAUUGACGUUUCUCAGCAACGAACAAGAGCAUGAGGCAUGCUCCUCCGCCGGCUCCAACCCGCAACGGCCGCCCGUCCCCUCCGCUUCGGCGCAUUCCCAAUAUCGGCCCCCCCGUGCCCGGCGAACCGGCACCUCCCCCGAGCUCAUAGUCCCGCCGCCGCGGCCGCGCCCUUCACCACAUCCCGUGCGCUGCGAGAUGACAAUGCUUCCGCGAACCACUACGACACCCUCAAAGUCGCCCACGACGCCUCGCCCUCCGACAUAAAGAAGUCCUUCUACGCUCUCUCCAAAACCCACCACCCAGACCACAAUCGCAACGACCCGCACGCCUCCCGCAAGUUCCACGCCAUAGCAGAGGCCUACUCCGUCCUCGGCACCCCCGCGAAACGCGCCGCCUACGACCGCUCCCUCCCCUCCUCCUCCUCCUCCGCACACGGCCACCGCCGCGGCUCCUACCACAGCACAGGCCCUGCGGGCGGCCGCCCUGCCUCGGGCCUGUCACGGCGCAGGACCACCUUCCGCGGCCCGCCGCCCAGCUUCUACCGGUCCGGGGGAUGGGGUGCCCAGUCGGCCAAGAGGAGGGAGGCGCACGAGGGCGGGGGCGGUGACGGGACGGGCACGGCGCAGGCACAGCCCGGCAUGGGCCCAGGGCAGGAUCCCUACGGCCACACGAGGUCGCCCAAGGUGCCGCACUUCGAUUCCGAGACGCACACCCAGACGCAGUCGAGGCAAGAUUCGCGGCGAGCGUACAGGAUCAUGGGCACCGAGGUUCCGAAUGGGCCACAGGAGACGUCAGUGGGCGCCUUCUUGGUGGUUAGCGGCAUACUCUUCUUUUCCUUUUUUAUUCCAUACCUGGCCGUGGGCGGAUGGAGCCGCAGGAAGAAAGACGAUAAAUCAUAGAUAGCGGCAUAGAGGCGAGUGUCAAACGUCAAGACGCCUGUCAAGACAAAAUUAUGAACUUCACCAAGU